AUGUCAGAACAAGCCCAGACUGCCAAGAGCGAUAGCUACUCGGCAAGUGUUCCCGGGAACAACCAAUUGUUGCUCAAGUUCAUCAAUUCGGCACAUUUCACGCUUUACAACAAUAUCGAGUACUUGACACGAUAUUCGCACAAUAUCGGCAUACACUUUUAUCUGUGCCAAAAACUGCUCAGCUUUCCACACAACGAGCUGCAAUUCUAUAUCCCACAGUUGGUACAAGUACUACUUACGGUGGAAACUGAGUCGAUCGCGCUGGAAGAACUGUUGCUCAAACUCAGCGCCGAGAACCCUCAUUUUGCGCUUUUGACCUUUUGGCAAUUGCAGGCUCUACUGGGUGACCUCUCUUUGGACCCGUCAAGCUACGGUUUUCAAGUGGCUCGCAGAACCAUCAAUAGUUUACAAAAUGUUCUUUUCAAUCCCUCGAAAAGUGCCCCAGAAAACGAAAAAAUGAAUGAGAAUAUCGCGCCAGCGCUAAUACUUUGUUCCUUGGUAAUGAGCGCAUGUGCUCUUCCGACAGUGCUAGAGGUCACCAAACCACUCAUACAGUCUCAGGGAAAACGUCAGAAAAGUUAUAUUUUCAAACUGGCCAAGAAUGCGAUGAAGAACCUAACUAAAAACCUUACGAUCAAAAACACUCUAACGAAUCAGAAGCGUACUUCAACGGUUGGCGCCAAUGAAGUCUCUUCGCCUGUGGAACUAGUAGACAGUGUGACUACCAGAGAAGACACUUUAUUCAAAAAACCCAGACAAAAGUCUGUCACCUCACUAAAUUUCGAUAUAAUUGACGAUGUGGGAGAAAAGAUGUUUCAGGAUCGUAUUUCAACUUCUAUCAAACAACCUAAGCGAAAGUCAAGAGUCACGGACCAGUCGUAUGUGCACAGAGUUUACCAACAGUCCAAAGAAGUCGGUGCAACCGACUCGUUUUACGAAGAAGACUACACCAUCUCAUUACCAGAUCUGCAUAAGAAACAAGCCAGAGGCACUGUUGGAAAUUCGCUCGUGUCUUCGAGAUCUCAUGAUGAGAUUGACAACUCCGACGAGGCAAAGAGCAUCAACUCAACUACCAUGGGUUUCGCUGCGUCUCCUGAAUAUAACAAAGCAACUUCAUUAGGGAAAUGGUCGCGGAACGGUUCGAAUGGAGUGAAAUUAGAGCAUCUUUCUACACCGAAGAAAAUUAAACUUUUGAAGUCCAACUAUUUCAGGUGUGAGACUCAGCUGGCAAUUGCACUCGAGUCGAUUUCUCAAAGACUGGCACAAGUCCCUACUGAGGCACGCUUAAGUGCUCUCCGAGCUGAACUGUUACUUUUGAAUAGGGAUUUACCUGCCGAGGUUGAUAUACCUGCACUACUACCAGCAAACAAGAAGGGAAAGCUUCACAAACUUGUCAACAUCACAGCAAAUGAAGCACAAGUUUUAAACUCCGCUGAGAAGGUUCCAUUUCUGCUGCUCAUUGAAUACUUAAGAGAUGAAAUGGACUUCGACCCGACCACGGACGAUAAUGAAAGGGUUCUUAGAAAGAAUCGGGGAGACAACAGCUUCAUUUUCGAUCUGGCCUACAUAUCCAAGGACAUCCAUUCUAAUGGUGCUGUUAUAGAUGCCAGCGGGGAGAUCAAGAGCUCCAAUUCUGACACGAGCUCGUACUCGACUGGUGAGAACUCGUCACUAACUCACAACAAGGAGGUGGAUCUGGGUGAUAUGUCCGUUGUCAAACUAACAAAUCGCAACGAGGUCGAGACCUACAGGCGGGAACUGAUGGUGCAAUCGGCCGCGAAAGUUCCUGUAAUACCUGACGACUCCACGAAUAGAAAUCCGGAAUUGCAAUUUAUCAACAAUUUGGAAGAGAUCAGCACGAGUCUAGAAGGCGUCGAGCUCGAUGGGCUCAACGCUUCGUCCGCAGAAGAUCUCGCAACACAAAUGCGCAUUUCUGCUGUGAUGCUUGCGCAGCUCGACAAAUCUCCGCAUCAGCUUCAUGGUGCAACCAACCAGAUCAGGGCUAAAAUCAUUGCGUCAAUGCAAGAAGUCCAAGAUAGAUUUGGCUUCAGAGACUUGGAAGCCAUUCAUGGGAUGGCUGGGGAAAGAAAGUUGGAAAAUGAUAUGAAAACUGGUGGUCUCCAGGGAACCAAGAUGGAUACUUCAUAUUUGGGCGAAGACUGGAAUGCCAAGAAAGAGAGAAUAAGAGCCACGUCCGAAUUUGGCAAUUUGGAAAAUUGGGAUUUGUGUUCCGUUAUUGCCAAGUCGGGUGACGACUUGAGACAGGAAGCAUUCGCGUGCCAAUUGAUUCAAGCCAUGGCCAACAUAUGGGCCCGUGAAAACGUUGACGUGUGGGUCAAGAAAAUGAAGAUUUUGAUCACGAGCGCCAACACAGGUCUUGUGGAGACGAUUACCAACGCAUUGUCCGUCCACAGUAUAAAAAAAUCGCUGACUAAGAAGAUGGUCGAGGACGGAGAUAUCAAUGAAAAGGGUCAGAUAGCAAGCCUAAAGGAUCACUUUAUCCGUGCUUACGGCGAUCCUACUGGAUUUCGGUUCAAGAGGGCACGCGACAAUUUUUGUUCGAGUUUGGCCGCCUACUCUGUCAUCUGCUAUCUUUUGCAAGUGAAAGACCGUCACAACGGUAAUAUCAUGGUCGACAACGAGGGCCAUGUGAUACACAUCGAUUUCGGGUUUAUGCUUUCGAACUCUCCGGGCUCGGUUGGCUUCGAAGCCGCUCCCUUCAAGCUAACCUACGAAUACAUUGAUCUUUUGGACGGCGUGAACUCGGACUCCUACAAAAAGUUCGUGACUUUGACCAAAGAUGCGUUCGGUGCUUUACGAAAAUACGUUGACCAGAUAGUGUCCAUGUGUGAGAUCAUGCAAAAAGAGAACAUGCAGCCCUGCUUCAACGCAGGCGAACAGACUAGCGCCCAAUUAAAGCAGCGAUUCCAACCGGGAUUGUCAGAUGCAGAGUGCGACGAUUUUGUUGAGAACGUCCUGGUCGGGAAGUCACUGGGAAGUAUCUACACCAGACUUUACGACCAGUUUCAAUUAGUUUCUCAAGGAAUUUAUUCUUAG